UCCAACGGCCUUGACUUUCUUAGUCUCCCCUCACAAACGCCAUUCCACUGCAACUCAUCAGUUGAAUCCUUUCUCUACAGUUCUCUUUCAAGCGAUUUUUUCUUACCUUCAACAACGCAAAAGCUCACAGAACAUGGAGAGUCAGAUCGAUUUCUUUGAAUGGCUAGAACCUGACGUGGCACUCAAAAUACUUACGUGUCUGGAUGAUGCGGCUGACCUCGUUCGUGCAUCUUCUGUUUCUCGAUACUGGCAGAAUAUUGUGGUCUCUAAUGGACUUAGCAAGAAGCUCUGUAUGAGAACAUUUCCUCAGCUUGCUACCAUUACUCGUGUAGUUGAACCGAGUCAUGACAACUCUCGUGAGACCGAGAGAGAUCACCGAGUUUAUGCUUCUCUUUCCCGGGCCUUCACAACAUUUCCUCUGGCUAAUUGCAUUGCUAAUCCCGUGAGUGCCUCAAGCAGCGAUCGCUACCCAGCAGAAAGCAUCAUUAAUACUAUGGUCCCGAUGAACUCAUUCCUACGACGGGGUUCGUAUUGGUCAAGUAGAGGAAGUGAUGAUCCAGAAACACCCGAGACAUUGGUAUAUAAUUUGACUGCUAGUUUUUGUGUUAUAACAGAAAUUAACUUGCAUCCAUUCCAAGAUUUGUAUGACCCGGGUUUCCCGGUAUACUCAUCUGGAUUUGUGCGAUUCCGAAUGGGUCAUCCAAAAUCUUGGAGAGAGUUAAAUUAUGAUUUCAUUGAGGCACAAGAAUGUGCAGAUGACAAGUUUAUUUGGACAUAUACGUCACCAGUGUACCCCGUGGCACAGGAAAAUCUCUUACAAAGGUUCAAGUUGCCCGAGCCUGUAGUCUGUAUUGGUGGUUAUUUGCAAAUUGAGUUGUUGGGCCGGGUUCAGAAAGCAUGCGAUGACAAAUAUUAUAUAUGUGUGGCUCAUGUUCAAGCGAUGGGGCGAAAAUUAUCACCUGCAUUUAGUGUCGAGUUUUCUGAACCACCCAACGAUGUAUCUCUCAAGUAUGAUGCCAAGGAAUUUGGAUCUCUUCUUUCCACGGGUGGUAGUGUCAGUCGAGCAAAGCCGUCCCUAAGAAUCGCUAAGAAGUCAGGGGUGCUGGGUUAGUAGAAAAGAUGGGCCCUCAGGUGAUUAUCGCUCAUUCGCCAAUUCGCCGCCCCUUUAAUUUUCAGACUUUCAGCACAUGUUUAUAUGGGCCUAAACUAAAUAGGAUAAGUUAAUGAGUUUAAAAUAAUGAUGGGUUUUAACUUUUAAAUUUAGUUAUACGCUUUCAACACAACAAGCACACGGCUAUGACGUGCAAUAUGAAUGGGUCGAUGAUGAUGAGUUUGAGACGAAUGGGAAUGAUGAGAUUGAUCCAAUGUUUAUAAUCUAGGUACAUGUGUAACAUAACAUGGUGUAUGUGUGUGUAGUUUCUAGUUUCUGGUACUACAAACUUAUUUUUUGUUGUUGUUGGCUUCUUGAAGUAUGUUUUCUUGGGGUUUAAUUUCUAGAGGUUCAUGGCA